AUGCUGCAGACAGCGUUGCUUCUGUUGCUCCUGACAUCGUCCGUGAGGUGCGCCCCAGGUGGCGCAGAGCAGCGGAAGGUGUCGGUACUUCAGGGACGCAUAGUCAAUGGCGAAGAAGCAGAACCAGUGGAGUUCCCUCAUAUGACGCUUUCUGUGACUGACUCCCAACCGAGUGCAUCUGUGUCAGACGACAACGAUCUCCGUAACAGCACCUUCCCACCCUUCCCUCAGAAACCUGUGGCCAGUCACCCCUUAGCCACCGGUGUUGCAUUAUCUGUCGGCAACAAACGACGACGUACUAUAAGUGACGGUAGUGGUUCCGGCGAACAGGCAGUAAAAAAUCAAACCGAUGACGCGGAGCCAUGGGCCUCCACACAGGACACGCAUGUGUCGGAUGACUCAGUUACGACCCGCCAAAUUCCCAUUCAACCGCCCGACGCAGAAACUGUCAAUACGAGUGCAGCCGAGUGUUUACAGCAAUCCGUUCCGAUGCCGCUUGCCGACUCGCCGCAGGUGGCCAACACACAAGAGGCGGCAGUCAGUCAACUGCAACUCGUAAACACGGCGGAUGAAGCACGCGGUGUAGAGCAUAACAUAAACAGCCGCCACCUUGAAACUGCUUCCAAACAACACGAGGACCCGGACAGCUGUAUACAAACAGCCAGUGCGGCUCCAAACAAACACAGUGAGCCUACGGAAGCCGCGUCUUCGGACUUGCCGUCACCCGUUCCGAAGCAAGGACUUCCACAUACUGCUUACAGCCAUGACUCGCCGACUCCGCCGUCUUCAAUGACACUUCGGACGACUUUGCGACGGCAAAAUAAAGUUAAACCAAAGGACUCCGUGGCUGGAAGCAACUCAAAAAGUAAAGUCAGCGCAAAAACUGGUACAAAACCUGCGGAUGUGCUGCUGCAGUGGAAUAGCGCUAAGCGGUGCGGCGCCUCCAUCUUGAACGAGCAGUGGGCGCUCACGUCAGCCAGCUGCGUGUACAUCACCUACGGCACAUAUGAAGCCUUGUCUGGUACCAUCAACCUGAACGAGGGGGGCACGAGACACGCGGUGACGGAGAUUCAUAGUCAUCUGGGCUACAAUCCUAAUGAUUCCUGGCUCAACGACAUCGCUGUUUUCAAGGUGAGCCCAGAUUUUCCAAUAGAUGGAGUCAACGUGGCACCAAUACAGCUGCCAGAGCCGGCAGAGGAGGUUCCAGAUGGAGUCAACGUCACAGUCAUAGGUUGGGGAGAUCUGUGGUAUGGAGGACCGCAGCCAGAAAACUUGCGCAAAGUGGACUUGGGAGUAGUAAACCAAGAGGAAUGCCAAGCGGUGUGGGGCGAAGAUGGCUACGCCAUCUACCCUACGCAGAUGUGCGCUGCUCGCUUCGAGGAGAACAACUACGGCUCCUGCUACGGUGAUUCAGGUGGUCCACUGCUCUACGAGGGAAAGAUUGUGGGGAUUGCGUCAUGGGGAUACGAGUGUGCUACCCCUCCAUAUCCCUCAGUCGCCACCCGCGUCUCCAUGUACAUAAACUGGAUCAUCGAGAACACGAACGGAACAUUGGUGCCGCACUAG